AUGCUACGUAACGGGGUUCGCUACCUACUUGCUCGACUUCCCUACCGGCCAGCCUUCCGCCAGACGCAAGUCUCCCCGCCUUUUCCCACUGCCGGCUUUGAUCCCACCGCCGUCUACAUUGCCUCCGACCGGCGACGUUUCUAUCGAGCGAUUGGCAUCUUCUGUAUAUUCCAGGCUUCCGGCUGGGGUUUCUUUACAGCCUACGUGGCGCGCAAGUCUGAGGUCAACUGGGAUACCCUGGUUGCGGAUGUGGAUUGGCUCAAUCGAAGGAUCGCCCAGCGUCUGGAGUCAUUGACCCCAUCGGCUCUGAAACAACUGAUCCUCCGUCCACGCCCAGGGCAGGAGAAAGCUGAAUCGAAGCCAGGAGUGACUGCUGCUGGUGGUGCUGCUGACGUCGUCACCCCAAACGCUGAAACCUCAACCAAUAAGAAUGAUGACGAGAAGAGCAAAGAUGAAAGCUCUUUUGGGCAGAGCCUCGUAUCCACUGCGAAGGACGUCUCUACCAGCUUCAGGCUCUCCUUGGGCCUCAGUGAAGAUAAAAAGACCGUCAAGCUAAGCACGACAAGCCUACUGCCCUUACUCACCGGACUCAUGUGUGAGUUUUGCUCAUAUUUAUGUUGGGCUGCGGCCUUGGUGCAUUGCACUCUGACUGCCCAUUUUCACUCGGGUUUACGUUUUGCGUUGCUUCAAAAGGAUUCCAAUCUCCGGAUUUAG